AUUUCUAUGUAUUUCCAAGAUUUCGUUUGUAUAUACGUCAUUUAAACUGUAUUUGAACAUACAAUAUUCACCAACAUUCCCUAUAAAUCAAAAUAUUCCUCAAAUAUUUUCAAUCAAUGGGUGGAUAAGUUUAUGCCGACGAGGAGAGUACAGACACUGAAGAUGAGCAUGAUAUCAUAGCGAGGAUGAGUAUUUCUGAAGAUAAAGAAAAGAUCUAUGAUGUUCGCUAUAAAGUCUUGCUUGUUGGUGAAUCUGGAGUUGGAAAAACAUCACUUAUACGAAAAUUGGUUGGAACAGCUACCAACAAAAACCACAUGAAUAUGUUAUCUACUAUAGGUAUUGAUUUUGUGAAGAAGCUUUAUGAGGUUGAUGGAGCAAAAGUUCAACUAGAAAUAUGGGAUACAGCUGGUCAAGAAAGGUUCAGAUCUAUAACCAAAAUGCAUUACAGAGGAACAAAGGCUGUUGUGUUUGUGUAUGAUGUUGCUGAUCUUGAUAGUUUUACAAGACUCAAUUUCUGGCUAGAAAGCAUAGACCAGGAGCUCCAAUGCAGUGUUGAAGAUACUCCACCAAUGAUAAUUAUUGGCAAUAAAUCUGAUCUGGAGGAUAAACGAGAAGUUCCAACUGAACGUGGAGAGAAGUUAGCGGAUGAAAAACUGGCAAAUGGAUUCUGGGAAACUAGCGCCAAGCAGGGAACAAAUGUGCACGCUUGUUUUGAGAAACUAGCGUACACCCUAACUGAUACAUUCAGUCCUAAAUUGAUGGACACAUACAAAAAGAAUGAUAGGAAGGCCAGUGUCUACCAAAGAACUGAUAUUGAUAAUAAUGAACUUGAAGAGAGCAGUGGAUUUACAUGGGGGACAAGGAGCAUCAAAUUGGAUAAACACACUGAACCAAAUGAAGAAGUGAAAAAGAAAUGUUGCUCAUCCCAAUGAUUAUACAGCAUGUAUGGUAUGGGAUAUAAAGGAUAUUCUAUAUGUUUAUCUACUAUUUGUUGUAGUGAUAUUAAAUCCAUUUUCCAUUCCAUAUCUGAUCUAUUACUGGAUGAAGAGUAUAAAAGCUACUAAACAUGAUGUUUUGUAGCAAGAAUGGUGAAAUUUACUGAAUUAGAAUAAUAAGCCAUUACGCCACCUUGCUGAUAUACUGAACGGUCCUAUACUGGGCACAAUGUACAUUGUAUUUGGAUAUCUUUAAAUCUCAGGAAUUGCAAGUUGGAUGAAAGCAAUAUACUUAAGUGCAAUGAUAUUACAGUGUAUGUACUGGAUAACACUACUUUAAAUAUGAAACUGGUUUUCAGUGCAUCUUUAAAAUGAAGGGUGGAAAACAAGAAAUUUUCAGUUUGCCAAGUUUUGUGGUUUUUCACAGGGUGCUUCAUAUUUUGUAAAUAGUUGGACUUGUUUAUUUUAGCCCAAUUUUUACAAUGUAACUAGAAUAAUGAUUUGAUGGUGAUCUAUUUUCUUUCUUUAAUCAAUUAUCCUGUUGUAUUUUUGAGUUUUUUUAAAUUUGACAAAAAAUGAUGAAAUU